AUGGAUCCCUUCAAGGCGACCAUUACGCUCAGUGCUCGCCUGGAUACAUUCAUCACAAUCAAUACCUUUUUCAAGAAGGAUCCCAAGGAUGAUGAUGUCUGCUGGGUAGGAGAGAGACAAACACCUCGCACGUCGUGCAAUUACAAAUGGGAUAUGCUAUGUCUCCAAAGGUGGUUGGUGGUGGAAGUCUUGGGUGUAGAACAGGGUUACGAUUGUUUGUUGUUGAAAGACAUCUCGUCGCUGAAACAACUUGUGAAAGAGCGUUCUUCAUGCCUAGUGGAAGAUGUCCAUUCUAUUUUUGAUAAUUCUAUUCCUUUGCUGAGCUUCGUUUAA